ACACUCACACCACCUCUUGUCGCCAAACAUUUGCUGCUUUCCUGUAAGCGCCCAGCGACAUACCCGCCGCCACGAUGAAUCUUUUCCGCCUUUUGGGGGAUUUAUCCCACUUACUCUCCAUCUUGAUUCUUCUGCACAAGAUGAAAUCGUCGAGUAGCGCCUCCGGUAUCUCGUUCAAGUCGCAAUUCCUUUACCUGAUCGUCUAUCUUACGCGCUACGUCGACCUGCUAUGGACCUUUUACGAGCCAAAGUCCCUCUACCUGACCGUGUUCAAAAUCAUCUUCAUCAGCACGUCGGCCUACACCGUCUACCUGAUGCUCAAUGAUUACAAGCCGACCCACGACCCAAAUUUAGACACGUUUAAAGUUCAGUAUCUACUGGGAGCUAGCGCUGUACUGGCCGUCUUGUUUCCGUACAAGCACACAAUUCCCGAGAUGCUCUGGGCUUUCUCCAUCUGGCUAGAGUCUGUGGCGAUUCUGCCCCAGCUUUUUAUGCUUCAACGGACGGGCGAGGCGGAGACCAUUACAACGCACUAUCUUUUUGCACUCGGCGCGUACAGAGCGCUGUACAUUCCCAACUGGAUCUACCGCUACUUCUUUGAAGUACCCAAGUUCUACGACCCCAUUGCCGUGAUUGCGGGCAUUAUCCAAACCAUCCUGUACUCUGAUUUCUUCUACAUCUACUAUACAAAGGUCAUCCAAGGCAAGAAGUUCAACUUGCCCGUAUAGACGGACUCAUGAUGAGGGCUGCUCUCUUUCUGCUGCCGGCGGCCGAGCACGGGGUCACUUUGGCUUCCUGUACUGGUAUAUCUACUUAGGGAGGCGUUUUCUGGGCAUUUUGGUGAAUGGACGAGGAUGCAAAUGGGUUGGGAAAGGUGCACGGGAGUUGCCUAGACGGGUGUUGUGCACGUUGUGGGACGUAAGAAAACGAGCUAUACGGAGCUUGCAUCAAGAUACCAAUGACUGCGUACUGUAUAUUGAGACUUGGCAAUGAAACAUGUUGAUCUA